AUGUUUCAUAACACUCCCUCAGCUGGAUUGCUUUUGCCCUCAGUGCACAGAGUGCUGCUAUCAAGUCCCUGUAAAUUAUGUAGCCCCCGAAGUAUCAGCACCAUAUCGACGCGCCCAGUGCCUCUCGCAGCCGCAUCAUUAGCUGGAAGUCCCGAGCAUUUCCUGUCUUUCGCCUCGUCCUCAGAGUCAACUCCUCUUAUCUUGGCACGCCCUUCGGGGCCCUCCGAAAGUAAUUCUAGCCGCAGCGCUGGUCUCCUUCGUGCUCUACGUAAUGGAGACGACAGACUAGUCGACGUCGAGCUGGGGCGCUACGACGACACUGCGCCCGGCGCAUUCGACCGCAUGCCCAUGCGGCUGGGCCAGUACCUGGACUGGCUGGAAAGCAAUGGUGGGAGCGGAGGUAAAGUUGGCGGCCAGCAGGUGUAUCUCGCGCAGUGGCGAGGGACUGACGAGAUUCCUGCGGUCAAGCAGCUUGUGAGACCACCGCCUAUCCUAGAGCCCCUGCUCUCAGGUAACCACGCAGAUUUAUAUCAGACAAGUUUCUUCGUCGGGCCUACUGGCGCGAUCACUCCGCUACAUUACGACCCCUACAUGAAUCUCUACCACCUGCACGCAUCGUCCGAUCCUCUCACACACGCGAAGCACCUCACGCUUUUGCCCCCAUCAGUCUCCGAAUUCGUGAGGCGUGCAGACGGACAUGCGUCUCUGCGCAACACCUCGGCCAUAGAUCUGCAGCUGCGACCUCGCAGCGGUGGCUCAAACCUGCAAUUUGACAUCCUCACCGACUCGUGUCCUACGCGCUUGGUUGAUGCGCUCUCCCUAACGGCGUUAAGCUGCGUGCUUCGAGAAGGCGAGACGUUGUUCAUUCCGCGGGGGUGGUGGCACCGCGUGGAGAACGUUUUACUACCUGGAAGGGGCCCUUCGUCGGCGUCUGCCGGGUGGACCGCAGGGAUUGGGUGGUGGUUCUUGCUGCGCCAGCCGUGA